GAUCCUUGAGUGCUGUCUCACAACUACAGUAGACUAUAGGCUGUACUUUCUCACUAGUGCUGCUGUAAUCAGGCAGGUUGCAGAGGCUGCUGUGGACUUGUGGGGGGAAUUCUCACCAUAAAUAAGCGUCGGGAGGAGCUCCGGGCAUGACUCUCCGCGGGAAUAAAGAUGAGGAUUCCUCCGGUGAGCUGCUGCUGCUGCUGGGUCUGUUUCCUUCACAUUUCACAGGUGUGGGCACUGGGCGCUUGUCAGACUGGCUGAGGGGAACCAGGAGAGAAACCUGCUGAGGAAACACAACCAAGUGGGGCUGCUGAGGAGGACCUCUGUGCAGGUUCACACAGCCGUCGGCAGGGUGGAGCUUCCUCACCCAUGGAGAAUUACUUCCAGGCAGAGGCCUUCAACCUGGACAAGGUGCUGGACGAGUUUGAGCAGAACGAAGAUGAGACGGACACUCCGAUUCUCUCGGAUGCCAAGUGGACUCAGAUCCUGGCCCCACCGGCCCACAUGCUGUCGUUGAAUCCCGCUCUGGCCCAUGCAGACCUCAGCCCCAGGGAGACCCCCCUUCCCUACAAGACCCUCCCUGACUCCUCUUCCACCGGGUCUCCAGAAGCCGAUUCCAAAAGACAUUCUGGUCCCGAUCCUCCGUCCUGGGGAGAGGAGCGGCCAGCAGACGUCCACAGCCCACCCCUCCCUCAGCCAAACAUCGGCAAGCUGGUGGGCACCGAUGACCUGUCGCCACCCCCAGCGACGACCUGCGGUGCCGUGGAGAACGGCUGCACGGGCAGUCCACGGCUGGACGGACCCGGGAAGGAGAUCCGAUCUCCUGCGGACGUCCAGCCUUCGGCUUCUGAGCAGGAGGCCACACCCAGAGAGACGCCUGGCUCAUCCGGAGGAGGAGGCUCCUCCGUCACGCACUCUCACUUCACAUUUGAGGUGGGGUCCGGACAAACUGCUACUGAAAACCCAGAUCCUGUGACACAAAAAUCAGAACAUUCUAAAGAGAAAAGUGCUGCUGUUUUAAAUGACCUUGGACGAGAACGACAAACUGUAGACUCAAAAGGGGAGCAGGGGGAAAGUUUGAAUGGGAGUGAAGUUGUUCAGGCUAGGAGUGAGUUGGAGGAGAAUGGCGCAUCUCCUCCCGGCAGGUCGGAAGACGAGGUGGAAGAAAGGAAAUGUGGUCCAGAAGGACAGAUGGACCAGCUCCUCAGAAUAACCGGCCUUCAUAAUGGUUUGGAGCAGGAGAGCGAGAGCAAGUUUAAGGAAACGGAGGAGAAGGAUGAGGAGGACAACAUUUCUCCUUCUCCUGUCACCUCCAAAGAGGACUCUGUAACGGAGGAGAAGGAGAUGGAGGAGAGCAAGCAGGAGACGAGCGACGGGGGAACAGCGGGGACAGGUGGCGUCCAGCCCAAACUCAACAACCGGCUUCAGCCGGUCAGCGUUCCCUACGGAGGGGCGCGGCCGAAGCAGCCGGUCAGCCUCAAACUGCAGAUCCCGCAGCCGCUGGCGGGCCAGGCCCAGAACCAUCUGGGCCCGUCUGCAGUCAGCAAGAACAAGAAUGUGGAGAACCAGUGUCGGAGAGGACCGGCCUCCGAGCCGCUGCCCAGCGGGAGCGAUCAGAGUGCAGUCAGUAUGAACGGAGACGGCGGCGUCCACUCCCCGACACUGACCUCCUCAGAGAGCCCGGACAACGACCUCCAGGCCGGCAAGCAGACGGCCCUGUGCAGGAAGGCUGCCAACUCCCUGGGAGAUGUCGCCCCGGUGUGGGUGCCGGACUCCCAGGCCCCCGUCUGCAUGAAAUGUGACGUCAAGUUCACCUUCACCAAGAGGAGGCACCACUGCAGGGCCUGUGGCAAGGUGUUCUGUGCGGCGUGUUGCAGCGUGAAGUGUAAGCUGGGGUACAUGGACAGGAAGGAAGCGCGUGUUUGUGUCACCUGCCAUUCUGCCCUGACGAGCGCUCAAUCAUGGGAGACACCAGCAAGUGCCAGCAAUCAGAGCCCGAACCCCAACAACCCGGCCGAGUACUGCUCCACCAUCCCCCCUCUGCAGCAGGCUCAGGCCUCUGGGGUGCUCAGCUCCCCCCCGCCCACGGUCAUGGUGCCUGUGGGAGUCCUGAAGCAGCCUGGCAAUGAGGGGUCCCUCCCGCGAGACCAGAGGAGGGUGUGGUUUGCCGAUGGGGUCCUACCUAACGGGGACACGGCAGAGUCCGGCAAACCUUCAGCUUCCAGCCCGGUCCCCUCUCAGUCGCAGGCCGCUUCCACGCGAGCAAACAAAUCCUCCACGUACGAGUCCCCAGAGGCAGCCCACACCCCCGUGGCCCCCGUGGGCAGCCCCGUGGGCAGCUCUCUCAGUCUGAUCCCGGAGGACGGGCUCCCUCCCAUCCUCAUCUCCACCGGAGUCAAAGGAGGUACGGGAGGCCACAUCACAGAUUACGCCGUGGAGGAGAGGCCGUCGGAGAUCGUCCUCAUGCAGCAGCUGGAGGAGGGAGGCCCGGACCCGCUGGUGUUUGUGCUCAACGCCAACCUGCUCGCCAUGGUCAAGCUUGUCAAUUACGUUAACAGGAAGUGCUGGUACGUGACGACCAAAGGCAUGCACGCGGUGGGCCAGGCAGAGGUCGUCAUUCUGCUCCAGUGUCUACCUGACGAAAAGACCGUCCCCAGAGACGUGUUCACCCACUUCGUGCAGCUCUACCAGGAGGCGCUCAGCGGUAACGUGCUGAGCCACCUGAGCCACUCAUUCUUCACGCAGAGCUUCCUGGGCAGCAAGGAGCACGGCGGCUUCCUCUACAUCAGCCCCUCCUUCCAGUCGCUGCAGGACCUGCUGCUCCCCAACCCGCCCUACCUCUUCGGCAUCCUCAUCCAGAAGUGGGAGACUCCCUGGGCAAAGGUCUUCCCCAUCCGCCUCAUGCUGCGUCUCGGAGCAGAGUACCGAUUUUAUCCGUGUCCACUGUUCAGCGUUCGCUUCAGAAAACCCCUUUUUGGAGAAACCGGUCACACAAUCAUGAAUCUACUUGCAGACUUCCGUAACUACCAGUAUACUCUACCAGUGGUGAAGGGUCUGGUUGUGGACAUGGAGGUGAGGAAGACGAGCAUCAACAUCCCCAGCAACCGCUACAACGAGCUAAUGAAGGCCAUGAACAAGUCCAACGAGCACGUGCUUGCCAUGGGGGCGUGUUUCAACGACCGGGCCGACUCCCAUUUGGUGUGCGUCCAGAACGAUGAUGGGAACUACCAGACGCAGGCCAUCAGCAUCCAUCACCAGCCUCGCAAAGUUACUGGCGCCUGCUUCUUUGUGUUCAGUGGGGCUUUGAAAGCCUCGUCUGGCUUCUUAGCCAAGACCAGCAUUGUGGAAGAUGGUGUGAUGAUCCAGAUCACAGCAGAGACCAUGGACUCCCUACGGCAAGCCCUGAGGGACAUGAAGGACUUCACCAUAAUGUGUGGAAAAGCCGACCAAGAGGAGAACCGGGAAGUGGUCCAGAUCCAGUGGACGGCAGACGACCACAACUACAACAAGGGCGUCAUCAGUCCGAUAGAUGGAAAGUCCAUGGAGUCCAUCACCAGCGUGAAGAUCUUCCAAGGCUCGGAGUUCAAAGCAAAUGGCAAAGUCAUCCGCUGGACUGAGGUGUUCUUCCUGCAGAGCGAGGACCAGCCCAACGGCCUGAGUGACCCGGCCGACCACAGCCGGCUCACGGAGAACGUGGCCAGAGCUUUCUGCAUGGCUCUCUGUCCUCACCUGAAGCUGCUGAAGGAGGACGGCAUGGCCAAGCUGGGCCUGAGGGUCACGCUGGACUCUGAUCAGGUGGGUUACCUGGCAGGGAGUAACGGCCAGCCUCUUCUGCCUCAGUACCUGAGCGACCUGGACAGCGCUCUGAUCCCCGUCAUCCACAGCGGCGCGUGUCAGCUGAGCGAGGGUCCCAUCGUCAUGGAGCUGGUCUUCUACAUCCUGGAGAUCAUUUCCUAAGAGCAUGAGACAUCCGGCCAGCCUGCAGACUCAAUCUCUAAACGUUGUUUUUUUGUUUUUCCCUCCUCAAAAACUGUUUAACGUCAUCUCACAGUCUGGUCCUCCGUCAUCUCCCUCCAACCAUUCGCACCUCAGAAGAGCCAGAAAACUGUGCCGUGCCAGGCGAGGUAGCAUUCCUCAUAUCAAACCUAUGCAUCCACCCAUCGCUGUGUUGCUCCAGAGCUCUUCUGGGGUUUGAGGAAGCUCGGAGCAGGAUCGACUGCUUACUUAAGGUGGCGGGGGGGAGGAGGGAGGAGGGGGAGAUCUCUACUCACCUCCAGGGAAACAGCACCGGUCUGUCCUGAUACCUACACUUGUGGUCAGACGUUUUGUCCAUGACAAAGGAAUACUAAAGUGGCUUAAAAAUAUUUGAGAAGGAUGCGUUUCCUGAAAAAACCUGCCCAAAGGCCAAUUAUGAGUAUUUUAAUAUAAGUUGUUUCAUUAAGAAGUAAAUUGAGUAAACAUGAAUUGAGUGCGACGACAGAAUACUGUUAAGAAAUGUGAACGCCACCUUCCACAUGUCUUGAUAAUGCAGUCUGAAAACUGGACAGAUGUGCAUCAAACCGUGAUCUUUUAUAAAAUGCACCAUAUUUGUCAAGUAUCUCAGAACUUUCGUCGUAAAUGGAGCCUGGCAUCGUGAUUUUAUAAUCUAUUUGAAAGCAGCAGUGGGGAAACGCAUCAAUCUGCAUGAUCGGUGGAGCUUUAUCAGUCAGACACGGAAUUACUGGAUUAAUCCACAUGAUUAGGUUGUUAACAUCUGGAAAAAUAAUCAUGAAAAGCUGGAUUUUGAACAAAGGCACCUUCACGGAAACCUUCAUUGUGGGAAAUCAGGGUUUGAUCACAGUUCUGGGUGAGUUGGGACGUAGCACUUUUGAGAUUACACAGAACCUUUAGGGGUGGAGUUAGCGUUGCUUAAUACGUCAGGCUCUGACCAGAAAGGUCUUUAUUUUUCUGCUCUGAGAUGCUCGAUAAAUACCAAUCCUGACCAGCGACUGUGGUUUAGCCGUCGCUCUCUAAUCUUUGGCUUAAAGUUGGUGAGAUGUUCCGUGUGGGUGUUCAGACAGACCUGCUGGUUUUCUCGGCACCUUAUUAGACCUCACUGUGGCAGCUGGAGGCCCCGAAGCAGUGAACUCUGGGUAAAACCUGCCUUUGUGUAGCACAGAUGUUGUUACGAGGGAGAUGCAUAUCCAUCAGUGAAACACUGAGACAGAAAACUACCAAUCACCAUCAGAGGAGGAAGAUGCCACUGUGUGGUGAUUUCUUUUUUUUUUUUUUUUUUUUGCACAAUGGUGCUUAGUGCCUGCAGGAGAGGAUCAUCAAACGAGAAGAAGAAAAAAAAAUACGUUGGCUCCACUUUUUAAGCUUUACUCAUCAGUCACCAAAAGCUUUACGUCACAGACGGCUGCAUUGGCUUGUAUAUAUUUUUUUAUAGGCUAAAAACAUUUCUCCUCCAUUAAAAGUGCAUCACCUGUA